GAUUCAGGUCAUGGGCGCUGCGCAAGCACAAGAGUCUGAAGACCUGUUCUCCGCCUCUUACAGGGGUCACAUGGGGGCUUUGCCGAACAGUGAGCUGAGUCAGUGUUGUCACUGUGUAAUGUUAUGUGGUAGCAGCAUGAAGGAACAGAAAGGCCCACCUGCUAGCUGCAGGACUCGUCUGGUAAUGCAGUGUCUGCCCUACUGACAUGAUCCAAAACAGAAGCAGACUUCUAGCAUUAGAGCGCGAUAUAAAUCUUGAAGAACGGCUCCUUUCUCCAGAAGCAGAGCAAAACAGUUUGGCCAGCUCGAGUGAUCCAGGCUGCUGAUCCUACUCCCGACUCCUCUCAGCACCCCACAUUCUCCCUGUGGGACGCGCUUCUGAACUGCGGCACAAUGGCGGAGCAGACUAGUUCCAACAUCGGGAUGGACGCCAAGGGGGCCCCCGGGUCCUCGAUGAAGGGCGUCACGGGCAAGGAGUCCACUUUCGGGUACCACGACGCUCUCGCGGCGCAGGCCAAUGCCGAGAAGCUCGGGUUCGACCUGCCCGUGGACUCGGAGCACAAGGCGACGAGGAUGAAGAUCUUCUCGGUCGCGAUGCCGCACAUGCGCGCGUUCCACCUCUCGUGGCUCGCGUUCUUCAUCGCCUUCACGUCGACGUUCGCGGCGCCCCCGCUCGUGCCCAUUAUCCGCGACAACCUGGACAUGGACAAGUUCCAGCUCGCAAACUCCGCGAUCGCGUCGGUCUCGGGGGCCAUCUUCUCCCGCGUCAUCAUGGGUGGGGUGUGCGAUCUGGUUGGGCCGAGGUUCGGGCACUCUUUCCUGAUGAUGCUCACCGCGCCAGCUGUCUUUAGCAUGGCGGCCGUGCACACGGCGACCGGGUACCUCAUCUGCCGGAUGUGCAUCGGGUUCUCGCUCGCAACAUUUGUGUCAACACAGUUCUGGAUGAGCUCAAUGUUCACACCCAAGAUCGUGGGAGUUGCAAACGGAGCAUCUGCCGGGUGGGGCAACCUCGGGGGUGGUGCCACGCAAUUGAUCAUGCCCCUUCUCUUCACCAUCAUCAGCAAGUGCGGGCUGCCCGACUUUGAGGCAUGGCGCGUGUCUUUCCUCAUCCCCGGGUGUAUGCACAUCCUGAUUGGUUUCCUGUGCCUGCAGUUUGCCCAGGAUCUGCCCGACGGCCAGUACGCCGCACUUAAGGGCAAGGGCAAAGCGGCGCAGGACAAGGGUUGGGUUGUGAUCUACUACGCGCUAACCAACUACCGGACCUGGGUUAUGACCCUUACGUACGGGUACUGCUUCGGUGUCGAGCUGACCGUCGACAACGUCAUCACAAACUACUACUAUGACCGCUUCCACGUCGACCUUAACACCGCAGGUGCCAUCGGCGCUUCCUUUGGGCUCAUGAACUUCUUCUCGCGCCCGCUCGGGGGUAUCCUGUCCGACGUUGCAGCCAAGCACUUCGGCAUGCGCGGCCGCAUCUGGCAUUUGUGGAUGAUCCAGACAUUGGGCGGUGUUUUCUGCAUUAUCCUCGGAAAGAUGGCGAACCUCGGGAGCUCCGUUAUUCUGCUACUGCUCUUCUCGUUCUGCUGCCAGGCGGCCUGCGGUGCCACUUUCGGUGUCGUGCCUUUCGUUUCCCGCCGGUCUCUCGGCGUCAUUUCUGGUCUGGUCGGCGCGGGGGGUUCCGCCGGAAGUGCCGUCACGACCGCCAUCUUCUUCGGACCAAAGACUACAUACGCCACACAGGACGGAAUCUACUACAUGGGCAUCAUGAUCGUCGCGGUGUCGUCACUCCUCCUCACCCUCUGGUUCCCGCAAUGGGGGGGCAUGUUCAUCCCCGCGAGCAAGAAGCCGACCGCUACGGAGGAGGAAUAUUACGCGUCCGAGUAUUCCAAGGGGGAACGGGAGCAGGGUCUUCACGACGGAGCGAUGAAGUUCGCGGAGAACUCGAAGGGGGAGCGCGGCCCGAGCAAGGCCGCCGCGGCGGCGGCAGCCGAGAAGGACUUGGGCAUUUACGGAAAGAGCUCCGUGAGAGACGCCGCGAAGGUCUAGAUCGGUGCCACGUGGCAGAUUGUUUGGGCCCACGUGGCGGUCGUCCCGUUGGUCCACGUGGCGCCUGGAGAGGCGUUCGUGUGCGAAGCUGAAUGAGGGAGCUCUGGGAGGGUGUCUGUUCACGCUAGAACGCACCCCGGUAUACGAAGGUUUCCUUGCAUGCGAAUUGACAAUUUGUUAGAAGGAAGACGGUUGGAGUGGUUAGGGACUUCGGCGCUUGGAACCGUCAAACGCUAAGCUCAAGAUGCGUCGUCCCUGACAAACCCACACCGUGAAUUAGUCGACUCCAGGUUGGUCUACUAGGCAGUGUAAGUUGUAUUUAAGAACGGAAAAUGCAGACCGGUCAGUCCACGUACAGGUCUACCUAGAAACGUUAUUGAAUCUGUAGUGAGACACAUAUUGUGAGGUAGAACAUUGCGUUGCAAACGCUUCGGGUGUACGAUACAAUCUCCAGCAACAUAUCUUGCACUCAGUAAACGUCAGUGCAUUAUCAUCAAAUCGUCAAUUCCAGACCAAGUUAGAACGUGAAUAUGCUGGUUGGGUAGACUACUACAUCUGCAAUCUGCAUCGCACAUUGCAUCGCACCCUUCAGUACUCAUGCGCAAACCUUGAUUUGUUUCUAAAAGACGACAAUGAUCUUGGAUUCAAAAAUCACG